CAAUCGCCCGGGCGCCGCCAUCUUGGGCCGGUUCUCCACACGCCACACGGGUGAAUGGGUAGAUAUGAGAUUACCACGGGGGAGCAGCGGCAGCAGGGCACCGAGGGCUGUUCCGCGCUGCCAGCGACACUCGGCGGGCUCUAGGCACGGCCGCCGCCGCCCGGAGAGAAUCCCCCGGCUCGGCCUUUUCGCCUCGCCAGCCCCUAAGCUGCACUGCUGGAGGGACAAAGUUGGGCUGAGCCGCGCUGCCUCCGCCGCCCGGGAGACCGGAGAGUUGAGCCGGGGUCAGAGUUAGGGGAGAGGGUGACGAGGGGAUCGCUCCCCGCUCCGCCGUGUGGGAGGCGCGGGGAGAAGGCUCUGCCUCCCCGCCCCUGCCGUCUCCUGCUGCUCGCUCCUAGGAGGAAAAGAAAAAAGAGGAAAAAAAAAAAAGAAAAAGGCAAGAACUGGAUUGAGCUCGGAGGAGUGGAUUUGGUGGAAUCUCCGUGUGAGCAGCGGCGGGGCGAGGAGGAGAUGUGUCCGUGAGGAGGGAGAGGAGCGAGGAUCCAUCCAGGACCCGUGAGGAGCCGGAGGAGCCUGGAUCCAUCCAGCCCCAGCCCGCCGUGAGGCACAGCCGCCGCCUCCCUUCCAAAGAAACCUGGUUCUCCUGGAAGCACGGCGAGGAUUUGCCACAAAGAAUAUAUACCACCCUCCUCCCCAGCGCCUGGAUACUGCAUUUUAAUUUUUAAAUUUUUUUUCUUUUUUUUUUUUUUUUGGUACCCCCCCCCCCCCCUCCCCAGCCACUCUUGUGUGUUAAAUACCAAAUAUAGCCUCUCGCGGGGGGAGGGGAUGGAAAUCUCCUAGAAGAAUUGGAAAUCUUGCUGGGAUUCGGGAGUGCUGGUGCUGGAGAAGGGCGGCGAAGACUGGGGGGAUGCACUGCUCUCGCUGCCUGCCCAAGGACUAGAGAUUUGCCACUUCUCGGGGAGCCCGAAGGUUUGUUUGUCGCCAGACUGUUGUUUCCCCCCUUCCCCUCUCCUGGGCUACGCUGAACCCCUCAGCAUUUAUUAAAGAAAACCCACGUGUAGCUGGUGGCUGGUUUUUUAAAGGUAGUUUUUCAUCGACAAACUGACAAAAAAAAAAAACCCAACAAAACUUCCUCUCUUCGCCUCGAGGUUUGGAACUGGAAUGGAGCUGCUCUUCUCCCGAACACUACACGGGGUGUGAAGGGGGCAGGCAGGACGAAAACAUCGCCUCGGACUGAUCCCCAUCCGACCCCCGACACUCGCACCCACCAGGGAUGAUCCUUCACGGCGCCUGAUGUGGAAAACACUUGGAGACUCAGAGACUUCGUCGUGCUCAGCAGCUUGAUCGUUGACUUAUUUUGUUUUGGUUUUUGAUUAUUUUUUUUUUUAAGUGGAUUCGUAGCAUUACUUUUAUGAGUUGAAUUUUGCCACCGUUUGUACAGAAGCCAAAUGACACGUGUGUUUUGAAACACGGUUCCAAAUAUAUUUAUCCCUCCCUCAACCCGGAUUCUCUCUAGAAAGAGCCGGGGAGGUCGUCAGUGUCUAAACAAACCUGAUUUUUAGUGUUUUAUGAACACUACCUGCUGCAGAAAUGUUGCUAUAAAUCGCUUUAUAACGGUUCAGCAAGAAGGGAGAUUUUUCCAGCUUGCGGGACCCAGAAAACUGGAUACUUAAAGUCACUUAAAUGUUUUAACAGCAUUGGAAAAUGGGAGCUGCUACUAAGUUGGCGUUCGCUGUUUUUCUUAUCUCUUGCUCAUCAGGUGCCAUCCUGGGCAGGUCAGAAACACAGGAGUGCAUUUACUACAACGCUAACUGGGAGAAGGACAAGACCAACCGCAGCGGGAUCGAGCCCUGCUAUGGUGACAAAGAUAAAAGGAGACACUGCUUUGCCACAUGGAAAAAUAUUUCUGGAUCAAUUGAAAUCGUGAAGCAAGGCUGCUGGCUGGAUGACAUCAAUUGUUAUGACAGGAAUGACUGCAUAGAGAAGAAGGACAGCCCUGAGGUGUUUUUCUGUUGCUGUGAGGGCAACAUGUGCAACGAGCGCUUCUUCUACUUCCCGGAGAUGGAGGUGACGCAGCCAACUUCCAAUCCUGUCACCCCGAAGCCACCUCUGUUCAACACCUUGCUCUACUCCUUGGUGCCUAUCAUGGGGAUUGCAGUGAUCGUGCUCUUCUCCUUCUGGAUGUACAGACACCACAAGCUGGCCUAUCCUCCCGUGCUUGUUCCCACCCAGCACGCCUUUCAUAUAAUGAUUGAGGAUCCUGGGCCUCCUCCACCAUCUCCCCUGAUGGGUCUGAAGCCGCUGCAGCUCCUGGAGAUCAAGGCCAGGGGCAGGUUUGGGUGUGUGUGGAAAGCUCAGCUGCUCAAUGAAUACGUUGCAGUCAAAAUAUUCCCCAUCCAGGACAAGCAGUCGUGGCAGAACGAGUACGAGAUCUACAGCCUGCCCGGGAUGAAGCACGACAACAUCCUGCAGUUCAUCGGCGCCGAGAAGCGCGGCUCCAGCAUCGACGUGGACCUGUGGCUCAUCACGGCCUUCCACGAGAAGGGGUCCCUGACAGAUUUCCUGAAGGCCAACGUGGUGUCGUGGAACGAGCUGUGCCACAUUGCCCAGACCAUGGCACGGGGCCUGGCCUACCUGCACGAGGACAUCCCGGGGCUCAAGGAUGGCCACAAGCCAGCCAUCUCCCACAGGGACAUCAAAAGCAAGAACGUGCUGCUGAAAAACAACCUCACAGCUUGUAUUGCUGAUUUCGGUCUAGCUUUAAAGUUUGAGGCUGGAAAGUCUGCAGGAGACACCCAUGGACAGGUGGGCACCCGCAGGUACAUGGCCCCCGAGGUGCUCGAAGGUGCUAUCAACUUCCAGAGGGACGCGUUCCUGAGGAUAGACAUGUACGCCAUGGGGCUGGUGCUCUGGGAGCUGGCCUCGCGCUGCACGGCCGCCGACGGCCCUGUGGAUGAGUACAUGCUGCCUUUCGAGGAGGAGAUUGGCCAGCACCCCUCCCUGGAGGACAUGCAGGAGGUUGUGGUGCACAAAAAGAAGAGGCCUGUCCUAAGGGAGUGUUGGCAGAAACAUUCUGGAAUGGCGAUGCUGUGCGAGACCAUCGAGGAGUGCUGGGAUCACGACGCCGAGGCGCGGCUGUCGGCGGGCUGCGUGGAGGAGAGGAUCAUCCAGAUGCAAAAACUCACUAACAUUAUAACAACAGAGGACAUCGUGACUGUGGUCACAAUGGUGACAAACGUUGACUUUCCUCCCAAAGAAUCCAGUCUAUGAUAGUUGCACUGGUCAUGGAAGUGACCACAGGACUCUUCACUGGAGCUGCUACAGCGCACGGACUGCUGGCGUCACUGCUGUUCCGAGUGGCAAGAACGGAUGGUAAGUCUCUCUGGAGCAUCACCAAGAGGUGUUUUCCUUUGUUUUCCCCCUCCUCCUCCUCCCCAACGUGGAUCCAUGAGACUUUCUGCAUUCCCUGCUUACACCUGAAGGACGUGACUGAGAACCCCUCACGUGCUGAUAAGGAACUUACGAUGAAGAAUCCGGACCUGAACGGGCUAAGGAGCAUUUUAAACACUGACAUCCGAUUUCUUAAUCCCUGUCAGAAGAGACUAAUUCCUUUAAAUGAACUACUGUUAUUUUUUUUAAAUCAAAAACAUUUCAUUUCAGAUUUAAAAACAACAAAAAAAAAAAGGGUAACUUGUUUUUAUUGCAUUCGUUGUUGUUUAUAAAAUGACUAUUGUAAUGCGACUACGACACAGCUUGUGAAUGUUCCGUGUGCUGCUGUUCCGUGUACAGAAACAAGAGUAAUCAAUGGGAUAGAGCAAAGAGGCUUCCAAGUAUUACUUAACCUCCCUCAACCAGGUAUACCUCAGUUCCACCUCGCUAAAUUAUGAUUGACAACACUAAUUGGAAUAAUAAACCGCUCCGUGUUUUGUAAAUGA